AUGCCACCCAAUAACAUCCCUAUGACAAUGCGCGGUGUCGUUCUUGUCGGGCAUGGCGGAUUCGACAAGCUUGAAUAUCGCGAUGAUCUGACCGUUCCUACGCCAGCCGCCGACGAAGUUCUGAUUCGAGUUACAGCGGCGGGAAUCAACAACACAGACAUCAAUACGCGAAUUGGCUGGUACUCGAAAGGUGUCCGGGGCGCAACCGAUGCCGAAAGCACAGCGGCUUCUGACACACGACAAGAUGACGAUUCGUCUUGGUCAGGGGCUCCUCUGAAGUUCCCUCGCAUCCAAGGUGCGGAUUGCUGCGGUCGCAUCGUAGCAGUGGGGAGCAAUGUCGACACAGAGCGUAUUGGCGAUCGCGUACUGGUUCGCACGAUGCUUCGCCACUACGUCAGCAAUCGUCCAUAUGAGUGCUGGACGUUCGGAUCUGAAUGCGAUGGUGCAUUCGCGCAGUACACAGUCGCACCAGCUCAAGAGACGUACAAAGUCAACUGCGACUGGACUGAUGUGGAACUUGGGUCAAUACCUUGUGCAUACUCCACGGCAGAGAAUAUGUUGCAUCGCGCGAAUGUCAAGAGUGGAGAGAAGGUGCUGAUUACUGGUGCUUCUGGCGGUGUUGGAGCCGCCGCAAUUCAGCUUGCGAAAAGGCGAGGCGCUGAUGUCAUUGCAGUGGGAGGGCGCGACAAGCUACAACAACUUCUGGAACUUGGUGCCGACCAAGUCAUACCGCGAGGCGAAGCGAGCAGGAACGUUAAGAAAGAGACAGUUGACGUCGUAAUCGAUCUCGUUGCCGGUCCUACAUUCACGGAGCUUUUGGCGUUGCUGAAGAAAGGAGCAAGGUACGCCGUCGCAGGCGCAAUCGCAGGCCCGAUCGUGGAACUCGAUGUAAGGACUCUCUACUUGAAGGACCUUAGCUUCUUUGGCUGCACGUUCCAGGAGGACAUAUUGUUCUCCAAUCUGAUUUCGUACAUUGAACGUGCGGAAAUUCGACCCAAUGUUGGGAAGGUAUUUCCGCUAAAGGACAUUGUUGCAGCUCAGGAACACUUCUUGAAGAAAUUUACGUGCGGGAAGUUAGUCUUGUCAAUCCCUUAA